UUGAUUGCUCCACAAUGUUGGCAGCAAAGAUGGCGGCUCCUAUGGAAGCGCCAAUGUCCCUAUUCAUGUAAAUGAUCAAAGUAGAGCCCUUCCAGGCGCCGUGAGAGCGGCCUUUCGGGACCGCAGAGAUGUGUGAGAGCUACGCGCGGUCGCUUCUGCGGGUGUCCGUGGCGCAGAUGUGCCAGGCGGUGGGCUGGGACGCGGUGCAGCUGAGCGCCUGUGAUCUGCUGUCCGACGUGCUGGAGAGAUACGUGCAGCACCUGGCCCGGAGCUGCCACCGCUACUCGGAACUCUAUGGACGUACAGACCCUGGAUUGAGCGAUGUGGACCAGGCUUUUGGACUUUUGGGAGUCAGUAUAGCUGAACUCGAGGACUAUGUGAAUAACUUGGAGCCUGUCGGCUUCCCCCAAACUAUCCCUCAGUUCCCCAUCAACAAGAGCAGCGUUCUGCAGUUUCCUGCUUCUGGCUUUGAAACGGACGCCCGUGACGCUCUGAGGGGAGAAAGGAGAGACUACAUCCCGGAAUACUUCCCUCCGCUCGUCUCACUGCAGGAAGAUGAGGAAGAGGAGGAACCUGUUCCUGCAGACUUGGGCACUUCUGCGGAGGCCAUGCAGGUCUCCCUGGGUGAGGAAGAGGAUGGUGAGGAAGAGGAAAAUGAUGAGAACUGGCUCAGUCGUCAUGAAGGACAGAGUCCCAGACCUGAAGGUUUAUUGCCAGCUGCCAAGAGACCCCGCCUGAGUACCAAACCUGGCGUUAGCCCAGAAUGGAGCUAUGAGCCACGGGAACCCCUCAGCUCACUUAACUCCCAGCACAUGCCCCUUUCCCCUUCCCCUCCCCUCUCCCCUGAACUACCCCGACCACCUGUGGCACCCCCUACACCUGGACACAAGCCCAAACUCCCCUCCCCAUCUCCUGCACGGCAGAAGAACAAGUCACCCAAAAGAGGGGGAGGAACUGCACCCACUGGGGUGUUGGGGCGGUCACUUACGUUGACGCCACCGAAGACCAAUCAGAAGGCAGGAAAGAGGUCACCGGCUAGGCCCAAAAGCCCACGUAGUCCAAGGCCAAGUCCUGUCCAUUUGGGGGUGGCUGGGCGUGGUUGGCCCGGACCACCAGGAGAUGAUAGUUCUCGUGAUGGCCAGAUCAGAUGUCACGAUACAGGAGAUGAGGAUAUUGAGAACUCUAUAGCCGCAGUGAUUGCUCGUGCUUGUGCAGGCGGAGAAGGCACAUCGGACCCAUUUGCUUAUGACUCGGACUCGAACAGUGAAGGGCCAAACCCUCCAAAACCUGUGGCUAAACACACACUUAGCCACAUCAAACCUCCACAAGCUCUUGCCGUAAAACACCCACCUCCGCCAAUCCCUCCUCUCCUCAACACACCCAACCGUUGGACUAUGGAUGACUCUAUAGACGAGGUCAUCCGAAAGGCCAAUCAGGGUCAAAAGCCAAUUCAGGCACCAAGUUUAUCACCCCCAGAGCCCGCUUACCUGUCCUCCCCAUCAGACUCGCCCCCCACACCUCCACCCACUCUCAAACUUCCCCAGGAAAGAAAAGAGCCGGCAACCACCAUUUUUCUAAAGAAGAAACUCAAGAAAGACAUCAGGGCCAAAUUGAAGAAGAAAGACAAGGAGCAACUCAAGGAGAAGGGCAAGGACAAAGGUAAGAACAAAGACAAGAACAAGGAGAAGAAGCGGGAGAAGGAGCGAGGACUCGUUGAAGAGAACAAGAUGCCCUGGCCAGAGUUAUUGCUUGGAGGUGAGGAACAGCGAGUCGGCAUUGCUGGGAAGAAAGAGAAGGACAAGCACAAGGACAAAAAGAAAGAUAAAGAGAAGAGCAAGAAAGAGAAGGAGAAACGAGACAAGGGCAAGGAGCGAGGCAAGGAGGAAAAGAGGAUAUCUCUAGGAGCCAAAGACAUCGCCGCCUGUGCCACCACCCCUCUCUUCAGCCCCCAGACUUGUCUACGCAUCCCAUCAAUGUUGCCUCCUCUGCCUCCAAUACUGCCCGACAAACUCUUCCCACACCCCAAAGACACCAAAAGUAAAGACAAGGACAAGAAGAAAGACAAGAAAGAGAAGAAGAAGAAGAAAGAGAAAGAUCGAGAGAAGGAGCACGAGAAGGAACGGGAAAAAGAACGGACUAAGGAGAAGGAACGAGACAAAGAUGAGAAGAAGAAAGAGAAAGACAAGAAGGAAAAGACAAAAGAAAAGGAGAAAGAGAAGCCAAAGCUUAAUAAACCAAGCUUAAUGGCUGAAGUUCCUCUUGGUGUCCCACCAUCUCCUGUCAUACCACGACUGACCCUUAGAGUGGGCGCUGGACAGGACAAGAUUGUGAUCAGUAAGGUGGUCCCAGAUUCAGAGCCCAGCCCUCCACCACCACGAACCCCAGUGGCAAAGUCUGGUCCUGGUGCUCGGAUGCGUUUCCCCCCAGUCCCCCCUCCACCUGCCCUGGCUCCUGUGGUGCCCCCACCCCGCCCUCCACCUGUCCUGCCCCCUGCACUCCCACCUGCCCCCAUUCAGCCCCCACCCAGCCAAGCCAAAGCACGUGGAUGCAGCGUCGUCACAGAAACCGUCAGUGCAUACGUGAUUCGGGAUGAGUGGGGUAAUCAGAUCUGGAUUUGUCCAGGAUGUAAUAAACCCGAUGACGGCAGUCCGAUGAUUGGCUGUGACGAGUGCGACGACUGGUAUCACUGGCCCUGUGUAGGUAUUUUAGCUGCCCCUCCAGAGGACCAGUCGUGGUUCUGUGUAAAAUGUGCUGGCAAGAAGAAAGACAAGAAAACAAAAAAGAGGAAACGCAAAGUGCAUUGACCCACAUUAAUUUUUUCUCCUGUCUCCGUGUUCAUCUGUUUUUGCCUUAAUUCAUUUCCAACUCUUUUGCUGCAGUUGUUUGUAAUUUGUUUUUUUUUCACCCAACCCUUCUUUUAACUCGGUUAACUUACCUCAGUGUCAGGUAUCAUAAUGUAUUUUUUAAAAUGAAAAUUUAAAACGUGUAUAUGUUACUUUUUUUAUGUAGAGAAUCGCACAGUAUGUCUGUAUGAUCUUUGUACCGAGCUCAUGGUUGUUCAGUAGAAGUGUUGAAAUGAACCUCUCAGUUCACCCUCAUUAAAGUUUGUUCAAUGUACAUGCUGAUUCAUCAAAACCCAAGAGGGGGGAAAAAAAUUCUAUACUAUAAUCUGCUUUUUUAAUAACGUUUUUCGGAUUGAUUUCGACUGGAGGUGCAGUUUCAUUUUAUUAUGGAUUUAAUUAAAAGUUGCUUUUUCA